AUGACAGACUCGGGAGACCUUCCCGCAUGGAAGAGAACGAAGUGGCUCGAAGACGGGACGGAUCACGACGCGCACGCAAGGGGGCUGAUCCCAAUAAUCUACGGCUACAUGAAGACCUUGGACCAACACAUAGCAGUUAUAGAGAAGGAGCUUGCCAAAGCCAAGAACCGGCUCCAAAUGGAAAAUAGCGAGCAGGCCAGUACAGAAGUCAUUUUCAGAGAAAUGAUACGUAAAGAAGAAGAGCGAGAGAAAACUCUUACUGAUGACGCGUACAUGGACCUACUAAUCGAGGAAAACAGUAAGGAAGAAGGGAAAUGGGAUGAUGAGGAUGGAGCAAUCCAGAACUCCAAUGAGAAACCUUGUAUUAGGAAGCCGGAAUCGGAGUGGGCUCGUCUGGAAAAAACGCUGAGGGAACUGGAGUAUGCCCAUCAAUACCUCCCAUAG